ACUUCCUCCCGUCCCCUCGCGUCUGAGCCGCUCACGCUGGUCUCGCCGGGCUCGGCCCUCCCAGGCUCUCCCGCGCCGCUGAAGAUGGCCGCUGCGGCGCGGCCCGGGGCGGAGCCGUGGAACCGCGUGAGGAUCCCCCAGGCGGGCAGCCGCCGCACACUCACGGUGCAGGAGCCCAGUGCCACCCUAGAUGUUUGCAUUGCAGCUGUCAUUAAAGGAUGCCAUCUCGUCACACAGUCACUCAAGAGCCAGACCUUAGAUGUGGAAGUCGAUGUGUUAUGCUCAGUUCUCUACAGCAAUCACAACAGACUGGGCCGCCACAAGCCACAUUUGGCCCUCAGACAGGUAGAACAGUGCUUAAAGCGUUUGAAAAACAUGCAUUUGGAGGACUCCGUUGAAGACCUGUCAGAGUUGUUGUCUGCCAGUGAAACUCAGCCUGGAGCUACCAAAAACCGUGUCGUCCCCAGCCAGCCGGUGGUGGAGGUAGCGCUGAUGAAAGUCUUGGGGGGCUGCAAGUUGUUGCUGCGCUUGCUGGACUGCUGCUGCAAGGCAUUCCUAUUGACUGUGAAGCACUUGGGGUUGCAGGAAUUCAUUAUUUUGAACCUAGUGAUGGUUGGGCUGGUAAGCAGGUUAUGGGUUCUUCAUAAAGGACUUUUAAGGAGGCUGAUUUCCUUAUAUGAACCAUUGUUUGGAUUGUUUCAGGAGGUCUCCAGGAUUCAGCCCAUGCCUUACUUCAAAGAUUUUGCCUUUCCCUCUGACAUCACUGACUUUCUAGGUCCCCCUUACCUUGAAGUCUUUAAUAGAAAAACGCCUGCAGCUUUUGCCACUAAAGGAGUAACUAAGUUGCUAAACAAACUAUUUUUAAUGAAAGAACAACUACCAAAGAUCAAUGAAGACACUGUAGAUAGAAUUUCCAAAACAUCUCAACAAAUGAAAAGCAACCUACAGAGUAGUGUGGACCUGGGACAGCCAGUGAAAAUGAGUAAAAAGACCAAAAAAGAACAGCCUUCGGGAUUUGACGUGCGGGCUCUCUGCACGAGGCUUCGAAAUAAAGCUGCUCAGGAGACCAACUAUGACUUUAAAUAUUCUCAGUCCACAACAAAGGCAACCAAACAUCCCUGUCAGAAACUGAGAAGAACUCACUGGGCUAACAGUAUUGUGCAAAGAAUCCAAGUGACCAAGACUUUCACCCAACUUUCUGAAGAAAUCCAAAUGGCAAUUGUGUGGUCACGGAAAAAAAAGCUCAAGGCUCAGGCCACCUAUCUGGGCAACAAACUUCUUAAGAGUAACAGACUUAGACAUGUGGAAGCUCAAGGGCACAGUUUGCCAAAGAAGUUACAGUGCAUGAAAACAUCUCUUUGCAACUGCCUUCUUCGAGGCACUUCAAAGCAUCCUCCCAGACAAAGAAGAUCAAAGCAUAAAGUUUUAUCGAGACAAAGAAAACCGCAGAGAAAGUUGCAGUCAACUUUUUUAAAGGAAGCCCAGCAGGUCCCUGAAGGGACUCUGAAGAGCACUGGGGGCACCAGUGCUAAGUGCAGACACUCAGGUGGGACAGUUCAGAGGUCAGAUAUCUGUCCUAACAGAAAGCAGGUCUUGAGAAGACUUUCAAAGCCUGGCCUAAAAAAAAAGGAGCUGGGGAUCCAUAGGAAUCCUACAGGGGGCAGUGGAAAUGAAACUGGCUUGUGGAUGAAGAGACAGAUAGAUAAUGCACCAGAAAGUGCUAAGGAGGCAGAUGACAUUGAUGAUAUUUUCGCUUUGAUGGGAGUGUAGAUGUACCUAUGUGAAAGUUCUGAGCAGUUAACAAAAGCUGGCUCAGUGUUCUGUUUUAGGCGGGACUGCUAAGAGCUGGAAACACUGCUUGGGCUGGGAGCUGCUUCUGUGCAGGAGUCUGCAGGAGCGCACACCAGCUCAAUAAACAUUCACAGCACCUUUGUGUAAGUUAA